AAACACGUAGGGUAGGCGAACCCAAUGCAACCCCCCCGAAUGACGAGAAUCAUUUUGAAUUUUCUCGAUUACUCGCGUCCUCUCCUCCGUCCUCUCCUCGCCUCCUUUUGAAACGGGAGAGGGUGAACUUUGACCAAUUGAGAAAAUGCCAAAUAAAAGUGGCGUGUUGUCAGGUGGGUGUUCUGGCGGCGGGUGUUCCUAUAAUUAGAUUGAAGGAGUUAGUUUGGGGACAUAAGGACAUCUCUCAAUGCUCAUUCUGAUCAAGCCUUACAGACAGACAGUUUGGAGACAACAUUUCCGUCAGUGUCAGGACUGCUUUAUCGCUGACAGAAAGGAACCAAAGCCAGGGACAACGGACAAGAUGGGUCUGGUACAGUGGUUGAAGGGCCAAUUUUUGUGUCACCUGAUCAUCUGCUAUGGGUUCUUGGUCAGCGGUCUCCUGGUCAACCUAUUACAGAUCUGCACUCUGCCCCUCUGGCCAAUCAACAAGCAGCUGGCCCGGCGGAUCAACUGUAAACUGGGAUAUUCCCUCACCAGCCAGUCUGUGGCUCUCCUAGAGUGGUGGUCUGGCACUGAAGUAACUUUCUACACAGACCCAGCGGACUACCAAACCUACGGCAAAGAGAACGCCAUCGUCGUCCUUAACCACAACUUUGAAAUAGACUUUCUGUGUGGCUGGACCUUCUGUGACAGAUUCGGGGUCCUUGGGGCCUCCAAAUGUUUAGCCAAGAAAGAGUUGUCGUACCUGCCUGUGAUUGGCUGGAUGUGGUACUUCCUGGAAAUGGUGUUUAUUAAGAGGAAGUGGGAGGAGGAUAAGAGGAGCUUUGUCCAGAGUCUUCAGAACCUACGGGAUUACCCCGAGAACUUCUGGUUCCUGCUCCACUGUGAGGGAACACGCUUCACAGAGGAGAAGCAUCAGAUCAGUAUGGAGGUGGCAGAGAAGAAAGGCCUGCCUAAACUCAAACACCACCUCCUGCCCAGGACCAAGGGCUUCUGGGUAGCCGUCCAGAACCUCCGAGGGACAGUUGCUGCGGUCUACUGUUGUACACUAAAUUUCAGAAACAACGAAACACCAACCUUGCUGGGAGUUAUCAACGGGAAAAAAUAUCAUCCAGAUUUAUACAUAAGGAGAAUCCCUCUGGAGUCCGUACCAGAAGAUGAGGCUGAAUGUUCUUCCUGGCUUCACAAACUCUACCAGGAGAAGGACCAGUUCCAGGAGGACUACAGCCACACCGGGUGUUUCCCUGGCCCUGUAGUCACCCCUCCGCGUGGACCCUGGUCCCUGAUCAACUGGAUAGGCUGGACCUGCCUUCUCCUAUACCCCCUCUACCUCCUCCUGGUCCAGCUGGUCCUCUCUGGGUCUAUUCUCACCAUACUGGCCACUGUGGCCUUCUGCUCUGCAGUGUCGGUUGGUGUGCGCUGGAUGAUUGGACAGACUGAGAUUAAGAGAAGCUCCAGCUAUGGGGUCCCACUUAACUGAGAUGGCCUUACAACUGCAAGAUCCUUCCCAGCUCCCAGGGACCACUCACAUUACCAAUCUCAUCCCUACAGCACAGUUCACCUCCAGCAGAUAAUUAAUUCCAAAGAAAGAAUGUUGCUGGUCAGAGAUGGCGUUGCAUUCAACUCCAGUACGACAAUAAGGGUGGAAGGUGCUUCAGCAGUCUUCCUCUUGCCAGUACAUGAAUAAACUGCACCUAAACACAUACGUGCAUUCAAAGUAUUUAGACCCCAUGACCUUUUCCAGAUUAUUACAUUACAGCCUUAUUCUAAAAUGGAUUAAAUACUCAUCGGGUCUUUGGUCACCUCCCUGACCAAUGCCCUUCUCCCCCGAUUGGUCAGUUUGACUGGGCGGCCAUCUCUAGGAAGAGUCUUGGUGGUUCCAAACUUCCAUUUUAAGAAUGGAGGCCAAUGUGUUCUUGGGGAUCUUCAAUGCUGCAGAAAUGUUUUGGUACCCUUCCCCAGAUUUGUGCCUCGACACAAUCCUGCCUCGGAGCUCUACGGACAAUUCCUUUGACCUCAUGUCUUUUUUUUUGCACUGUCAACUGUGGAACUUUAUAUAGACGGGUGUGCCUUUCCAAAUCAUGUCCAACCAAUUUACCACAGGUGGACUCAAUCAAGUUGAAAUAGCUCAAGGAUUAUCAAUGGAAGUUCUGAAUCUGGUAUGUUUUCCCUUUAAUUAUGGGCAAUUGUGAGUUUUUUAUUUUUAUUUCAUUCAGUUUAGAAUAAGGUAACGUAACAAUGUGGAAAAAGUCAAGGGGUCUGACUGCACUGUAGGUUCAGGGCAUGCAUCUAUGUCUUUGUCCUUGUCCUUGCCAUACAUCAACAUGUAUGACUAAAGUGUGAUGUGUUAAAUGCACUCGAUUCAAAAUGUAACUUUUUUUGCACAUAUGAGAUUCUGAAGUACCAGAUAAGCCCACUUCAGUUGCUUAUCUGAUGCUGGCUUUAGUUUCAGCAGUGUGUACGUACAAACGCAGGCAGUCCCUUCUAUUAAGCUCCCGUGUAAACAUUACCAUGUUAUGUUUGAUGAAUCUAGGAUAUGACAAACUAAUCUCACACAGCAUUUCUUAACGAUUUAAUAUUGUUUGUACAUAGCAAACACUAGGAGCAGCAGAGGACCAGAAAGUGUGUGUGCAUUCAGCAGCAGGGAGUGAGAUCGGACCUUUGUCUCUCUCCUCGGUUGGAUAUGCUUCAGUUCCGUGGCUCUCCAAUCGGGACACACCUGUCUGACUGUCAACCAAUCAGUGCUGCCCAUAUCCUCUACAUCCCAAAUUGCAUCCUCUUCCAUAUAGUGCACUAUAUUAGGGAAUAGGGUGUCAGUUGGGACAAACUUAAUCUCCAACUGUAAAAAUGGGAUCCUCAGAAAGGCGAAAUAAAAACGAUUUUAAAAC